AUGGCAUCUUCAAUGAGUCGUGUUCAUGAGGCGGAGCCCGGUCAAAUUCUCACAUCUGGCUCCGAUGCAGGGACUCUUCCGCCUCUGUGCGACAUCUUCGUCAUCGAGGAGGGCGCCGCUGACCAGUCCCAGGUUUUGGACGCCCUCUCCACGACCCCCGACCCCGAGGUCGGUGCAGAUAUAAUCUUGAGGUGCAUAGAGAAAGCCGUUGUCGGAGGAGGUCCUCCAAGGCUGGAAGCUCUGGUCGAGCAACUUGCACACCACCUGCUCGUCUCUCCCGUCGAGGUGGUCCCUGAAGCGGUGAGGUUGUACCUCGUGGAUCUUUCCCCAGAAGAGCUGCCCAAGUAUGUGGAGGAACAUCUUGGUUGGGCAUGCAAUCGGGCCGCGGUCGGCCUAUUGCCGACUGAGACCUCACAAAAACUUCUCGACCUCCUCCCCCCCAUGGUGGUCUACGCUGCCCUUCAGAAUGAAAGGCUAGCUCAUUUUCCGGAAGCUCAGACCCUUACCCCCUUGUACCGUCGCAAAAACCUCUCCUCGCUCCUGGAACUAAAGAGCUCCGAAGCGAGCCCCUUCAGCGAGGGGUGGACCGCCCGCCUCUUCCAACGGAGAAGCAAGGUGUCCAGGCAGACCGCCGGCGGCCCGGCUAGUCUUCAGCAGGCGGCUCCUGCUCAGCACUUUCAUGGUUUCAAUCAUCGGUCUACCUCCUCGCCCCCGCGCAGGUCGGUUUCUCGGGAGCGCGGAGAAAUCUCCUCCGGGCGCUCCCCGGGGGCCUUGAAUCUAACGCCCCCAUCUCACGGAUCCCGGGUGACCUUGAGGCCGAAUCCGGACGCCAUCUCGAACGGGGACCGUAGAGUGGCCUCUCGGGAUGCUGAUAAAGCAUCCUCAGCCUUCAAGGGCGGUCCCUUCAAAGGCGUCGAUGACGAGCGCGGACUCUCAGGUUUUUGGCGUCAAGUAGAGUCGUUGGUGGUCCGGCGUGGUUGGCAAAUCGGCGGUCCUGAGCAUUAUUUUCUUCUCACUAAUCUAGUUCCGGAGUACACGCUCGAGGAGGCCGUGGGACGUAAGAAUCCCGUGACUCUGGUCGAUUUUUCGACGUCCGUUGCUGAUAUCCGCUCCGCUCUAGCGGAAGAGUGCGGUGGCCACUUCGAGGUCGAGAAGCUCUUAUCAGAACCCACUGCCCGCUCGAACCAGGAGACCCUGACAUCCUACAUCGGGCGUCUGGAUGAGUGGGCCAGACGCUGUGCUUUAGCCGGCGCUCCCCUCGGUGACGGCCAUGUUAUCAGGCGUUCCGUGAGGGAGUAA